CCGGCCCUCCCCGGCUGCUACUCCCCGGCGGAGGCAAGAGGUGGUUGGGGGGCACCAUGGCUGACGUUUUCCCGGCCAACGACUCCACGGCGUCUCAGGACGUGGCCAACCGCUUCGCCCGCAAAGGGGCGCUGAGACAGAAGAACGUGCACGAGGUGAAGAACCACAAAUUCAUCGCCCGCUUCUUUAAGCAGCCCACCUUCUGCAGCCACUGCACCGACUUCAUCUGGGGGUUUGGGAAACAAGGCUUCCAGUGCCAAGUUUGCUGUUUUGUGGUUCACAAGAGGUGCCAUGAGUUCGUUACUUUUUCUUGUCCGGGUGCGGAUAAAGGACCUGACACUGAUGACCCCAGGAGCAAGCACAAGUUUAAGAUCCACACUUACGGAAGCCCCACCUUCUGUGAUCACUGCGGGUCACUGCUGUAUGGACUUAUCCAUCAGGGGAUGAAAUGCGACACCUGUGAUAUGAACGUGCACAAGCAGUGUGUCAUCAACGUGCCCAGCCUCUGCGGGAUGGACCACACCGAGAAGAGGGGGCGGAUCUACCUGAAGGCCGAGGUCACCGACGAAAAGCUCCACGUCACGGUACGAGAUGCAAAAAAUCUAAUCCCUAUGGAUCCAAAUGGGCUUUCAGAUCCUUAUGUGAAGCUGAAACUUAUUCCUGAUCCCAAGAAUGAAAGCAAACAAAAAACCAAAACCAUCCGCUCGACGCUAAACCCCCAGUGGAAUGAAUCCUUUACAUUCAAAUUAAAACCUUCAGAUAAAGACCGACGACUGUCCGUAGAAAUCUGGGACUGGGAUCGAACAACAAGGAACGACUUCAUGGGGUCCCUCUCCUUCGGAGUUUCAGAGCUGAUGAAGAUGCCAGCCAGUGGAUGGUACAAGCUGCUUAACCAGGAGGAAGGGGAGUACUACAACGUGCCCAUUCCGGAAGGGGAUGAAGAAGGAAACGUGGAGCUCAGGCAGAAGUUCGAGAAAGCCAAGCUUGGCCCUGCUGGUAACAAAGUCAUCAGUCCUUCUGAAGACAGGCGACCGCCUUCCAACAACCUUGACAGAGUGAAACUCACAGACUUCAAUUUCCUCAUGGUGCUGGGGAAGGGCAGCUUUGGGAAGGUGAUGCUGGCGGACAGGAAGGGGACAGAAGAACUGUACGCCAUCAAAAUCCUGAAGAAGGACGUGGUGAUUCAGGAUGACGACGUGGAGUGCACCAUGGUGGAGAAGCGAGUUCUGGCCCUGCUCGACAAGCCCCCGUUCCUGACGCAGCUACACUCCUGCUUCCAGACAGUGGACCGGCUGUACUUCGUCAUGGAGUAUGUCAACGGCGGGGACCUCAUGUACCACAUCCAACAAGUGGGAAAGUUUAAGGAACCACAAGCAGUAUUCUACGCAGCAGAGAUUUCCAUCGGGCUGUUCUUUCUUCACAAGAGAGGAAUCAUUUACAGGGACCUGAAGUUAGAUAACGUCAUGCUGGACUCGGAAGGACAUAUCAAGAUUGCUGAUUUUGGGAUGUGCAAGGAACACAUGAUGGAUGGGGUCACGACCAGGACCUUCUGUGGGACUCCAGAUUAUAUCGCCCCAGAGAUAAUCGCUUAUCAGCCAUAUGGGAAAUCCGUGGACUGGUGGGCCUAUGGCGUCCUGUUAUAUGAAAUGCUGGCUGGGCAGCCCCCAUUUGAUGGCGAAGAUGAGGAUGAGCUGUUUCAGUCCAUCAUGGAGCACAACGUUUCGUAUCCAAAGUCCUUGUCCAAGGAGGCUGUCUCCAUCUGCAAAGGCCUGAUGACCAAGCACCCCGGCAAGCGGCUGGGCUGUGGGCCGGAGGGAGAGAGGGACGUCCGGGAACACGCCUUCUUCCGGAGGAUCGACUGGGAGAAGCUAGAGAACAGGGAGAUCCAGCCGCCAUUUAAGCCCAAAGUGACUUUCUGUACCAAAAUGCACUGGCUUCAGUGGGCAUCCAGGCCUUCGUGCGGCAAAGGAGCAGAAAACUUUGACAAGUUCUUCACGCGAGGGCAGCCUGUCUUAACACCGCCUGAUCAGCUGGUUAUCGCUAACAUAGACCAGUCUGAUUUCGAAGGGUUCUCGUAUGUCAACCCCCAGUUUGUGCACCCCAUCCUCCAGAGCGCAGUAUGAAACGCAACUGCCGAGAGCAAACGCCUCCCCAGCCCCCGGCCCCGGCCCCAGCCGUGGGCAAUGAUCCCCAACCCUAAAAUUUUAAGGCCACAGCUUUGUUUUUGUUCCAGAUGGAGGCCUGAAAAUUGUAGGGUUGUUAGUCCAGAUGUGAUCAGCUGUUGAGAGUCUCUUUCUCUCACAACUGAAAACAUUAUCUCAACGGAAGGUGAUCUCAUGUCCAGUGUCCAGUUUAAUCAUGUAGAGGUCACAUCUGGCUGUAGGGUAACCCUUCCUGGAAAGCAGAUGGGCUCUUGCCCCCCCUCUUUGGUACAAUUUGAUAUGUUCCCCACAUCCUCUGCUGAUAUUCACCAUCCAGAUUCCCCGACCAGAGAUGCUAAAAUGAAUCCACCCCAGUCCAGGGAGCUGGAAGCAUCUCCACCCAAGACAUCUUUGGAAUGAAAAGAGCGGGGAGCCCAGGGAGUGGGCAAGGUGGGACUGGGGGGCGGGGGAGGCUUCGAAACACCCUCUGCUUCUGUUCUCUGCCUUGAUGGAUACAGUCCCUAGAAUCCGAGAGGCCGGGAUGAAUCUGAAUCCACCUGGCAAGCACUUGCGCGCUCGCUGUUCCCAGACACUGACAGCUGUAACCCAAUCAUGGUCCAGCGGUUACCAGUUUUAAAAAAAAAGAAAAAAGAGAGGAAGAAAACCUCAGAUGGGUUUUGGGGGAAUCAGUCGUCUUGUACCCGACGUGGCUGAUAACUGUCUUGAUACUUGCAUUUCUUUUUAAGAGGCCAAAUCUUCUGAGGACUUUGCUAAAGGAGCAUGUGAAAUCAUUUCAGAUCAAGGCUAAACCAGUGUGUGUGUAAUGUUCAUUUUAAUCUCUGGGAGAUUAUUCUGGACCCAGGGUGCCAUCAGCAAUCAUGCCACUACUCACGAGUGUUGUUAGCCAACCUCCCCCCCUGCACCCCAACCCAACACCGGUAUUUUGCUACCUGCUUCCUAAGAAGCCGACGUGUCUACGCCCCACCCCCUUUUGUACUUAUUUAUUUAACAGGCUGUGGUGUCGUUUAUGAGAGUACGAUGUAUAGUAAGUUCAUCCAAGUGUUGACUCUAGCCUCAGUCCCUAGCAUUGAUUGCCCUCCCGUCUCCAGCCCUCCAUGUCCUCUUAGGGAUGGACAGCGGUACAGUUUUGGUCCCCCAUUUCCAGUUCAUGUUGAAUGACACCCCUGGAGCUGUAGACUCAGGAAACCUGGAUGUGUUAUCACUUCGAAGAUGUUUUAUCGCUAGAAGGAUUUUAAUAUGUUUUGCAAAUGCAUCAUGCAAUGGAUUUUGCAUGUUUAUAAUAAACCUUAAUAACAAGUGGAAUCUAUAUUAUUGAUAUAAUCGUAUCAAGUAUAAAGAGAGUAUUAUACUAAUUUUAUAAGACACCACUGUGCUAUAUUUGUGAAGGCUCUUGUUUCUAAUCUGCUUCUAUGGUUAAGUUUUAGCUUCCUUCUUUGCUGCCGUGCCUCCUCCCGCCCUCCGCCCCUACUCCGUACGUACCCUGCCUUGGCGCUGGAUCGGGUCUAUUAAUUUUUUAUUGCAGUAGAUCUCAUUUCGAAAAUGAAUGGCUACUUUACCUGAUCAAUUAGGCUUAAUCAUACACCUAUAUAUAAAUAUUUGAUUCUAUCUGCAGACAGAAGUUUUGCUUGAGGGGAUUAUUUUUGAGAUGAGACUCCCUCUUCGCUUCUUAAGGCCGUCCUCUCUUCUGGUCCCCCGUAGCACUCUUCCUCGGGGGCAGCGGGGAACGUUUGACUCCAGUGUGCCUAGUAUGUUUGUGUAGAUACCGUGUUGUCACGGCCCCUGGGCUGCACUCUGUCCGUUUUGUUUCUGCCUUUCAGCUUUGUGGCUGUUGGUGAGUCAGGGCAGGAGGGACAGGCAGCUUCCCUCCCUGGUGCGUGGACGCAGCAGAAGCACGCGGUCCGCCUGGCUGCCCCGGAGCGCGCCGCUGUCGGCCCCUGGCAGCCCCUGGGCACAGCCAGCCCCCGGGGGCUGUCCAUGCACGCUCUUGGGAGGCUGCAGAUUUUCUCCCAGCUGCUGCUAGAACCAGCCAUUCCGGCCUUGCGAGGAGCAUUUCUGUAACGAAACACCAUCCCAACAAGGUCCUCGACAGAGCCAGUCACCUAGAGCAAAUUCACAGUGGACACACUUAUCAGUCCUUGCAGGGGCUGUUCUGUUUCCCCUUGUUUCCCCCGAAGUAUCUCCCGGCAGAGCAUCUUCUCAUGUUUACUCUCUGGCUCUCUGCCUGGAUUUCAGGUCGCCCACAGCCACAGAGGGGUCUUAGAGCUGAGAGGCCUCCUCUGUGCUGGAAACGCUGGAUCGGAGGCAGAGAUGGAGCAGGGAAUGGGUCAGACCAGAAAAGAGCAACUUCUUCUGCCAUCUUUUAGGGGCCGUAACCUUCAGGUCUCAAAAGGGGCCCGAGCACAUCCAGCGCUGUAGUCCUGCUGGGCCGUGCCCAUUCGGGGACACUUCCUCCCCACAUGAACCGCAUUGGGUAUGAUAGAAAAGGGUUUAGAAAGAGCCUAAGGAACAAAAGAGCCUGUCCCCCUGCCCCAGAACAGAGCCACAGCAGGACGGGUCCCCAGCCCAGCUCUGGAGGUGAGGAAGGUCCCAGAAAGGAGCUCACAAGGUCGUGAACCAUCCAUCCCCGAGCCCCGGGCUGCCUGCUUGCUUUAAGCCAGCAGCAGGCUCCGGGUUUCACUCACACAGCAGCCAGUACACUUCCAACUGAUUCAUCUUUCUCUCGGGAACAUGCUCAGUACCUCAGCUGGUUUUUAUCCUUUCCGAAUUUGUGGCAAAGUUUUAAAAGAUGAUGCCCUGUCAGGGGUGGGGCCCAGCCCUUUGCCUGAGAGACAUCAGGCUUGAGGACAAAGUUGAAGGGAAAACAGUAAAAAUCAGGGCCAGUGUUAACGUGCUGCAGUGUGUUUGGUACGUUGCUAUGUCCUGAAUUUAGAUAAAAGCUAAUGCUUUAAAAUCAGAGCAGCCCAUGACAGUUCUGCUGAAAGAAUCCAUCAUGCGAGUAACCGUUAGCAGAAUCGAUUUAUAAAACUCGGAGGCAUGGUUCCCUUUCUUGAGCAUCAUGUGAAAUAAAACAGGGAAGGAGCUGCCGUUUUAAAGAGUUGGAAUAAGAAUGAUGCCUUGAAGGGUCAAGUCACUGAGGGACACUUAGGAAGUACCACCCACUGAGCACUGCAGGGCUGGUGGAAGUCCAGGCCCCUGGGAUAACCUAGCGCAAUCCGGGUCUCCAUCAGACAUGGUGACUCUGAAAGGCCAUUCAAACUGCCCUGUGUUCGCUUCCCUUGGAGGGCGGGCCUUCCCUCUGUGGCUGCAGGCAGCGUGCUGGCUGCCCUCCUCUCUUGGCAUCUUGUCUAAACCCACCCGGGGCUUGGUUUGAAUGAAGUAGCUGGAGUGUCCUGCCAGGUGUGGCCCUCAGAGGUUAAUGGGAAGUUCACGCGAGGCAGGAGCUAAUUCAAAAGGUUGGUAGGAGACCCCAGGAACCGGAGUGAUUGCUGUUGGUCACAUCCACUCCUCUUUUAUCCCCAUGACCUGGUACAUGUUCACGCAGAGUCACCGCCCGUCUCUUCUCCAGAGAUGUGUCAGGCUUUCUUCUUAGAGAUUUUGGUAGGAAAUUAGAGGCCAGCAAAUGGUGGUUGAGCCCCUCUCUGAGCCGCAGGCCUGAGCAGAGCAUGGUGACUUGCUGGAAGGAGGGUGCAGCCGUCCAAGGACCACCUGUUGACGUUCUGAGAAGGAAGGUUGCUGGAGGCUGAGGUCGGUAAUGAGUUUCGAGAAGAGGGGGUUUGACUGCAGAAGGACGCCUGCAGUAGGAGGAGGCCAGGAGGGAGCGGGCGUUUGGAAAGGAAGCUGCUGUUUCCAGUGGCUUUCCAUCGGAAGUUGUCGGUGUAGAUGAAAGGCACUGUCUGCUGGUCCUUGAGAGUGAGCUUGUUGCCAGGGACAACGUCUGUUCCUCCUUAAAAAACAUCUCCCAAAUGCCAACAGCAUCCUCACCUGCUCCCAGAAGCCCCCUUUCCGCACCCUCCUUUGAAGUGGCUCUCAUUUCUCUGGGCCGUCCUGCAAGAAGGUUCCCCCAUACUUGCCCCCGUGGCUUUUUGCUGAGAAUCACAGCAGCUGAGGGUGGAUGGAAACGGAGACGUCACGGGAACAGCUUAACACCCCAGUUCCCCCCUGGGUCCACUUAGCAGGAGAAAUUUUGAGGUUUUUUUUUUUUUUACUAGGGUUUGUUUUCUCAGCCCUGAAGAGGAGGGCAAAGUGAGAGUCUUAUGCUUUUAAAAGCCUCAGAAAGGAGACACCACCUGACCGUCAUUUUCUCACUUUGGUCUUACGAAGCACCUGUCUCUCGUGUGUGCCUGCCACACGGUUCCCUGUUUCUUUAAGCCCAGCCAGGGCAGGAGUUCCCCCACUGAGCACACUGAACAGCCGUGGUCGGGAAACAUGAUGCUGCGGCAGGGACCCACCAGUGAUGACUUUAAGGGUUACGGGAGCAGCGAGGGCACGGCAGUUCCAGUGACGGAAAGGGGCACUCCGGUUCCACACUAAUUCGACAAGGAGUGUUGGGGAUAUUUUUUUAAACAUUUCCUUGAGCUCCUUGGGUUACAUUUUUAUGAAAUAUACCAGACUGUAAAUAUUUCUGUCAUUUCCCAAUAAGGCUGAGACAGCACGUCUAGGGGAUGCUAGAUGUUUCUGCUGUUGGAAGAUACGGAAAAUGGGAAAAUUGGGUUAUACGUGGACGUAGGCAGCCAUCUAGAAAUGGCGUCAACCACAAUGCUGUUCACUCUGUCAAGUCGGGGUCUCUUCGGGAGGGUUAAAAGCUGAAUAAUCAGGAUCCCAGGGCCUCUGAUCUGUGUGAUCAGGUGUCAGCUGAUAACUGUGCAGGUCCAACUCGGUCAUCAAAUAGCCUUACAGUGACCCUACACUAAGGCCCACAAGUUCCAAAGACUUUUUAAACCUUAUGGAAGAAAUUAAUUUGUGAAUUCCAAUAGAACGUCUGAAUAUACUGGGCUAUUUGUACUUUUUUAUAGAGAACUUUAAUAACUCGGUUCUUCUUUAAAAAUGAGUUUUUAAAAUAAAACUACUGACAAUUUCAUAAGAUUCCAACCACAUGGAGCCUGUAGGGGGACUCACCUGGAGUCAGCUAGAGCACCCCUGACCUGCACUCCCACUGCAGGAUUUUCCUGUACCAGUAGGGUAUGAAGUCCACAUCACCGUGACUGGGAGUUCAGGUGGAACGUGUUGGCAGAAUGAUGUCCUUCGUGUUCUCAGUAGAUGCUGAGGACAACUGUCUAAAGUCUAGAAACUUUGGGACCACAGGAAAGAUGGCUUUAUUGUCCCCCUUCCAGGUGCAGCUCCAGGACAACAUUCCCCAGGGGCCCCUGGAACCCCCUUUCUUGCCCUGUGAGGUCUGCAACCCCCUUUUGGCAUGGAGGGGUGGUGCUUCCUCAGCUCUGUCUCCUCUCCCCUCGGGUCCCCGGGUAUCUCAUAUUCAGUGGAAGUUCAGUGAUGCCCUGUAAGGAUUUUGCCCACUGGGUAAUUCCAAAAUGCUCCAAUGUCCCUAGGAAGGAAGAGGCGGCAGGAAGUGCACCCGCCGGCAUCUGUUGCACGGUCACCCCUUAUGUGAGUACACAGAACCCUACUUUUCAGAAAAUAGGUAUCAAGUCCACUUUAUAAGAACCCUUUUUUUCUAAAAUAAGACAAAACGGUGGCUUUGCAUUUCUGAUUAAACAACUGUGUCUUUGUCUCCUCUGGGUAUUUAUUCCUGUGAUUGUUUAUAGAUUUUUGUUGAAACUCUUCCUGGAACAAUGUGAUUCCUUUCUUGAGGGAAUUAGAUUCAAAAUCGUACAUGAAGGCUGUUAUUCUUUUGAGUCUAAAAAUUCACUUCUCAUCUCUUCUCUUAGGGUUUUUCAGAAUAUUUUUUAUAGCUGGUCAGAAACAUUUGAAAUCAUUGUUUUUGCUACAUGAUUUGGGGGUGGGGGGGAGAAGGACAUGUCAUGCUUAAGUCAUUCAUUGAAAAACGUAAGACCCCAAGUUUGUAUGGAGGAGGAAGAGGAAGAGAUGGAGGUUGAAGUUUUUCCUUCUGUGUAAGCACCUACCGACAAAACGUAGAGGCCAUUCAACUGUCAAAUAACAUUUGGUUUCUAGCAGGCGAAAUGGAUGUAUAAAUUACUGCAUUGCUGUAAUUCGUAUAACCUCUAAUCUUUGUUUGCAUGCUAUGCUUUGUUAGAUACAUUCAUUGUAGUUUGGAAGCCAGUGCGUAUGAAUAAAGAUAAUGAUCAUUC